CUUCCCACUGUGCACAAACUGGUUGCAAGGAUCCUAAGCCAUGAAGGUGGGAUCACAGACAUUGAAGUUCUGCAAGCAGCUUUGCUCCAUGACACAGUGGAGGACACUGACACCAGCAUAGGAGAGCUACAGGUCGUCUUUGGGCAAACAGUGGCGCGGAUCGUUCAGGAAGUGACAGACGACAAGGCGCUACCCAAGCAGGAGAGGAAACGUCAGCAGGUGGAGCACGCACCUCAUGCCAGUCACCAGGCAAAACUGGUCAAACUGGCUGACAAACUGUACAACCUGAGGGACCUCAACCGCUGCACGCCCACAGGUUGGACGGCAGAGCGUGUUCAGGAGUACUUUGUGUGGGCAGCCCAGGUAGUGAGAGGACUGAGGGGGACCAACCCAGCACUGGAGGGACACCUACAGGAGCUCUUCAGGCAGAGGGGCGUCGAUCUUUGACACCUCUCUGUUUCUGACACAGGGUGGCACAAUGUACUUUGCAUUCAUUGUUUGUAGAACUGGCAAACCAUCAAUGUCACCUUUGAGUUUUAUCGCUGUAUUAAAUAAAGCAAUGCUAUGCAUAAUUUUGUA